UACCUGAGCCUUGUCACACAAGGGCUAUGGAGUGCAUUCAUAUAUUAUUUGUUUGUUUGUCAGUAUUUACUGUAGUGAGUGCUCAGCUUUAUGAGUUGAAUAUUGUACAUUACAAUGACUUCCACGCAAGAUUUGUUGAAACAAGUCCAUCUGGCAACGUAUGUAAUCCAUCAGCAGCACCAUGUAUUGGUGGGUUUGCACGACUCACAACCCUUAUCAGAGAGGCCGUGCAGGAGGAACCCGAUUCCUUAGUGCUAAACGCUGGAGACACCUUCCAGGGCACGAUAUGGUAUAAUUUAUUAAGGUGGAACGUCACCCAAGACUUCAUGAAUAUGGUGCACCAUGAUGCCCACGUAUUAGGCAAUCAUGAAUUUGACAAUGGCAUUGAAGGUAUUGUACCAUAUCUCCAGCAUUUAAAUUCUACAGUAGUAACUGCAAACAUUAUCGACGAUGAGGAACCCACUAUCCAAGGAUUGUACCAACCAAGUGUCAUUGUGGAAAAAAAAGGACGUAAAAUUGGUAUUAUAGGCGUCAUUAUAUCUACAACUAAUGAAUUAGCGUCAACGGGUAGGCUGGUUUUUACGGAUGAAGUCGAAGCAGUCAGAAGGGAAGCGGAAAAACUACACGCACAAGGCGUAGACAUUAUUGUUGUAUUAUCCCACUGUGGCCUUGAAAUUGACAGAGAAAUAGCAAUGCAUGCCGGUCCAUAUAUAGAUAUAGUCGUUGGAGGUCAUAGUCACACGUUACUAAGUAAUUUUGAUCCCCCAGAGGGCACACCAUUUCAACCACAAGGCCCUUAUCCAGUCAUAGUGGAACAGCCGACAAGAUCUGUACUUAUCGUCCAAGCCGCUGCUCACACGGCUUUCUUAGGAGAAAUUAAACUUUAUUUCAAUGACGAAGGUGAUUUGAUGAGUUGGGUCGGUAAUCCUCAUUUCGUUGGACAUGAUGUUAUUCAAGCGCCAGAUGUUCUAGAAAAGAUAAAUGAGUACUUGCCAAUUAUAAAUGAAAGAGCCAAUGAACUGGUAGGCGUAUCAAAAGUUCACUUGUCGUCAAAUUGCUCCUGCGCAGAAUGUAACCUUGGAAGUUUUAUCUGCGAUGCUUUUCUUGAUGCUACUAUUGAAAAAGCUGAAGGUGAUAAAUGGAACUACGCUCAUUUUUGCAUCAUAAACACGGGAGGCGUCAGAUCCGAUAUUGAACCAGGAAACGUUACGUUCGAGCAGAUACUGCUAUCGACACCUUUUGAGAACAGAGUUGAAGUUUUCGAUUUGAGAGGCCAACAUGUCUUAGAAAUGCUGGAGUACGCCGUUGCGAACGAUCCCUGGCCUGGCGCGAGAAUGGUUCAAGUAUCUGGCUUACGUGCAGUUUUCGAUGGUGCUCUUCCAAUCAAUAGUCGUGUUAUCAAUGCAACUGUCCGUUGUACCGAAUGUACGAUACCACGCUACGAGCCAUUAGAUCUGAACAAAAUGUACAAAGUGGUAUCUCAAACCUUCAUUGGCAAUGGUGGUGAUGGAUUUACUAUGAUUUCAAAUAACCGCCAGAAUAUUGAAGUAAUUGGCGUCGAUUAUGACGUCGUGAUGCAGUACAUGAGACGACAAGCACCAGUUAUCAAGGACCUGGAUGGACGAAUUCAGAUAUCAGAUCCUUGUAUACGUAAUUAGAUCGAUUAGAAAAUAAAUUUUAAAACAAGA